GAGGUGGAAAGGGCAUGGCGGUGUGAGGAAGGCGCUGAAAAGAAGCCUGCCGCUGGGGGUAGAAUGACGGAAAAAGCAUUUACAAAGAACUCAGGAGGAAGCCAACCAAGAAUGGGGAGUUUGUGAGGUGUCCCAAGCAAAGUAACUACAUAUACACUAGAUUCACAUCAGAACAGAGAUGACCAGAACUGUACCAGGCUGUCCCUCCAAAACAGACUCAAGGCAUUUCUUGGAACAUGCCAGCUCUUAGCUUUCACUGUUAUUUAACUAUGGAAAAGUAGUAGAGCAACUAUGGCAAAGAAAUCAGAAGGACUACAACAGGCUGCUGGAGAAGCUUCUAAAUCAGAGAGAACAGUGAUAGUCUCUGGUAUUCCAGAUGGCAUUCUGAAAGAUGAGGUCAUGGCUGACAUACUGAUGAUUCAUUUCCAGCGGGCGAAGAAUAGGGGUGGAGAUGUGGAAGGCAUAGUCUAUCCGACAACAACAAAAGGAGUUGCAUAUAUAACAUUUGAAGAUCAGAAAGUUACAGAGAAUGUUCUCAAGAAAGGUGAACAUCAACUAGAAGACAAGAGGCUGCCCAGACACUAUCCUCUGAAAGUAUCUCUUUACAGUGAAGAUGUCUUCUCCUGUAUCUCGUGUGUCCUUGAUUUGUCCGGUUUUGGAGAUAAAUGUGUUUUAGAAGAUCUGGUGCAAGAACUUCAAAAGAACAUCACAGCUUUAAGUUUCAGUCCUUUACAGCCUAAUGGGCAAAUUUCUGUUCAAGGGUCAUUCCCAUCAAUACAAUCAUUAAAAGACAAUCUGUUGUUAAAAGCAAAUUCCCUUUCAAAGACAGACAAGAAAGCAAAAUGUAUGUCGAGUCAAAGAUCUAACAGCAAGACCCAGAAACAUGGAGUAUCUGUGGAGUCAAAGAAUAAUUUUAUCCAUAAUGCAGAUGGAGAAAAACAGGUUGUUCUUGACACUGAUGUAUACUACUACAUGAAACACAUUUUACAUGAGGACAGUCUAGCAAAAAAGAGUGUUGUAAGUCGUGAGGUUACAGACGGUGAGAUCACGAUACUGUAUCUUGAAAGGGUCAAUGCUAGUUCUGAUCCUAGCAAGUUAGAAAAAGCCAAAAAGAAAAUUGAAGACUUGUCUGCAGAACUUCAUAGCAAAUUACGAAAAAAAAGAUUCCAUCUUGACAGAAGCAAACAUGAAAUGCAGAUGUAUCAGCAUGCAUGCAAGAGGGUGCAGUCCCAAUACUCACAGGUCUUGGUUAUUCCUUAUGAGACUCACAUAGAUGUUAUAGGAAGUUCUUCUGACGUUUUUGGGUUUGCACAAGAAAUGAAAACAAAGGUAAAACAUUACUUGCAGAAAACCCCCCAGGAGAUGAUAGUCAGAUAGGUGCUGCAGGUAAGAUAUGCCAGGUGAGAGUUUCUAAAGAACAGUCUUGCAGAGGGAGUGGUGGAAGCCCUACUGUUUGGAAUAUUUUAUAGAGUGUUUGGCACUUCAGAGAACUCUGCAAAUUUUAAUUAAUUAGAGCUCCAUCCUGCUCUCCAUAGCUGUUCCAUUAUCCUUAAUGACAAUCCGUUAUUCCACAUAAGGAUCUAAGAGGAAUAUUAGUACCUCUUUACACAUUAAUGCUAGAGAAGCCACACAACUGAUAGCAGUGAUGUGGAAGAGCUUGUACUCUGUGUUCAGUCCCACUGUGUGGGUACAGACACUGUCACAGUAUUAAAGGCUGAACAUUUGGUUUACAGCCCCAAAUACAAUUUAAAACAGGCAGCAGUGAUCUCUUGCUACAUCCAUGAGCUUAAAGAUGGAAGUUAGUUUAGGUGAUGAACAGGUUGUCUUUGUUCUAUCAUCUCUACAGUAGUUACUUCUUGAGGAACUAGUAACUUAUGUUGUUUACAUAGGUUUAUUGCAGUUAUUUCAGAGUAUUUUUAUUCUAAGGUCUGGGACAUACCUGCCUGGGCUUUGGAGUUAUUUGUUAGGUUUGAAAGACUACCUGUGUUUCUGUUUCCAGCAAGUACAAGAUUGUAUGCUUCACAUAUUGAUUAUUUUCCUGACUGUAUGUGGCAUGGAUAUGACUUUUAUAUGGCAUUAAUUAUUAUUUGAUAA